GUCAGAGGCGUCAGGGCCCGGCGCUUCAUUCACAUAAAAUGGAAGGAAUCCCCGGCUUUAAGGGAAACGAGUCACAGUCACCUGGAAAAUUGAGAUCUUGUAGAGCCCGGCCAGGGAAGUCGACCCAAAGGUGGGGGCAAAAGCAGCUUCAACGCUGGGCACCCUGACCCUGCCUUCUUCUGCCUACGAACCCGUUCUACCUGUUCUUCGCCACCCCCGCCCUCGCCGCUGCUCUCUCCCCACUACCUCCCCUCCCUCUCCUGUUUUGCACCCUGGCCAUCGCCACCUGCGGGCCGACCCGUCCGAGUGGUCCGGAGCCACUGCGGGGUAGCGGGAUGAAGGUCGCUUCUCUCGACGGUCGCCAGCUCCGGAAGCUGCUGCGCCAGGAGGCGGCCCGCUGUGUAGUGCUGGACUGCCGGCCCUACCUCGCCUUCGCUGCCUCCAGCGUGCGGGGAUCGCUCAAUGUGAACCUCAAUUCGGUGGUGAUCCGAAGGGCCCGAGGUGGCGCCGUGCCCCUGCGCUUCGUGGUACCUGACGAAGCGGCCCGGGCGCGGCUGCUGCAGGAGGAUGGGGCAGGCGCAGCGGCCGUGAUUGUCCUGGACCAGGGUACCCGUCACUGGCAGAAACUGCGGAAGGAGAGCACGGCGCACAUCGUUCUGGGUACGCUACUAGCCAACCUCCCAGCCGGCCCCAGGAUCUGCUUUCUCAAAGGAGGAUAUGAGACCUUUUAUUCACAAUAUCCUGAGUGUUGCGUGGAUGUAAAACCCAUUUCACAAGACAAAACUGAAACAGAGAGAAACCUCAUCAGUCACUGUGAGAAACAGAACAUGAGCCGAAAACCUGCUUAUGAUCAGGGUGGCCCUGUUGAAAUUCUACCAUUCCUCUACCUUGGCAGUGCCUACCAUGCUUCAAAGUGUGAGUUCCUUGCCAAUCUCCACAUCACUGCCCUACUCAAUGUUUCCAGGAAAAGUUCAGAUUCCUGCACCUCUCAGUUCGACUAUAAGUGGAUUCCAGUAGAAGACAAUCACACGGCGGACAUCAGCUCUCAUUUUCAGGAAGCAAUAGACUUUAUUGACUAUGUCAGGCGAACUGGUGGCAAAAUCUUGGUUCACUGUGAGGCUGGAAUCUCCCGCUCCCCCACCAUCUGCAUGGCUUAUCUCAUGAAAACCAAGAGAUUCUGCCUGGAGGAGGCCUUUGAUUACAUUAAGCAAAGGAGGAGCAUGAUCUCACCCAACUUUGGCUUCAUGGGCCAACUCCUGCAGUAUGAAUCAGAGAUUCUAUCUUCCAUGCCCAACCCCCAAGUUGCCUCCUGCAAGAGGGAGGCAGCUGCGUCAUUCUUUGCAGAUGAAUUGACUCUGAGCCCGGGGUUUGAAGGCUCUUGCUACACAUUCCCUACCUCCGUGCUGACAACAGUGCCCAUCCACUCACCGGUCCACCAGCUGAAGCUGAGCCCCAUUACCGCAUCUUCCACCUGCUGAAGGCAGGAAGAGAUAGUAGAUGGUGGGGAGCCCUGAAGAGCAACUGUGAUUUCUAAAACUCGAGACAUUUCAUAACUGUGCAAUACUGAUGACCUCAUGGAUGCCAUCCAAGCUCAAGUCGGGGCCCUGGCCGGGGUGGUUCUAGAAAGCAGAGCUGUUUCUGCUCCAGAGCCAGGCUUGCAAACAUUGAUUAAAUUAAACUGGAUGGACUUUGGGGAAAAGUUCUCAAUGGAGUGUUACUAUGGGAUGCCAAGCCAUUUAUGUGCUGUGAGGUGCACCAACUACUGUGCUUCCAGGCCUAAAGCUUCCUGGCUGCUGGAAGACUUGUUUUUUCUCUUCCUUCUCUUCCUCCUCUUCCUUAGAAGACUCUUCACUCCUUACCACCUCAUGGUCUGCCUUCUCAUUCCUAAGUGUAGGCAAUAAAUAAAUACCUGCAACAGCCAAGAGGAGGAGACCAUUAAAAAGCCAAUUGACUGAAGGAAGCACAAUUUCUCACCUUGAAUUUCCUGGGUAAUAGUACCAGAACUUUGGCUGGGUUUGGCCAAACUUUUUAAUUUUUAAUUUUAGCUUUUCUUUUUAAAUAACUUCCCUGUGACUUCAGGGCAUAAGCUGAUCACCAGCUAUAGUCAGGAAAAUAACCAUGCCAGGUCUGUCCCAUUAGGAACACUGGAACCUUUCUCUGGAAACUUUGAAAAAGAGUGAUGGGAGAUAAAGAUGGUCAUACACACUCUAGGGAUAGCAGAAUGGGGGUCAGUUUUACUGGGACAGGUGUGGCUGUGUUUUUUCUGGGUUUCCUGUUGCUUUAGAGUGAAUACUCCCAAGAACUUGAUGGGCUCUUGGGUGAAACAGGGCAGGGACCCAGCUGGCCUAUUAAGAUAGAGCCCACUCCCUAGCUUGGCUCUAUCCAUACUUGAAUAUCUCCUGGCAUACCCUGAAAACAGACACUUCUACUAUUUGAAAACUGCUGAAUCAUAGACCAAAAACAACCAAACCCCCAGCUCCUUUAAAAUAAAAGAAUUUGAAAAUUUUUUAAAAGGAAAGAAAAGAAAACAAUACCUUCUUGUGCUCUUGUAGGUCAGUAGCAUUGGAAAUUUGAUAUACCUAGCUUGCUUGUUGUGUAUGUGCUUGGUUACCUCUGUGUGUGUGUGUGUGUGUGUUUAUUUGUGCAUAUAUGUCUGCUCACAACAGACUGUACUGUGUGUUUCUAUGACAUUGUUCCCAUCCCUGCCCUGAAGUUCAUCUCUUAAGCUGUAAUGGCUUAAUGUCUUUUUGUAGAGCUACAGUGUCGUCCAAAAACCAUGGUACUUGUCUCUCAGUUAUUCCUUCAGGGUAAGAGGCAAUAAUUUCCUGAAAUACAUAACAUGAAUGUGAAGAAAGCUGAGAUGUUGUUGUAUUGAUAUAUUGUUGGUUGCUUUUUUUAUAGUGCAAAAUAAAAAUGUAAAAAAAUAA